AUGUGCAGCACCAAACCCUUCACAUUCUCCUCCUCCCUCAUCUUCCUCAUCUCCAUCACACUCAACACAGUUGCAGCUGCUUCAUCAUCAUGCCCCAUAGAUCUGAGCUACGUCACCACCUUCCCAUGGGACACCUCCCUCUGCCUCGCCCCAAACGGCACACACUGCUGCCAAACCCUUCUCAGCCUCUUCGGCAUCGGCCUCUCCCAACACCUCAAGCAAACCUCCACCUUCCAGCUCCCCAACUCCACCGUCUCCGCCGCCUGCCUCUCCGACUUCCAAUCCAACCUCUCCUCCCUCUCCCUCAACUCCACCCUCGUCCCCCUCUGCUUCCAAAACGCCAACCAGUUCGUCGCCAACUCCGCCAGCUGCGCCGGCAUCCUCACCGUCGACGACUGGACCGACAAAGUGGGACCCAUCAGCGCUAUAGACACGUCAUGUAAAGGAGAUCUCCAGGGACUCACCAGGUGUAGCUCUUGCUUAGAUGCAGGCAUGGAUGUGAACAACCAGCUCAGCGGGCUGGGUCCCAACAACACCAAGUGCUUCUAUUUCGCCGUGCUUUACGCUGCGGGGGUAGUGAAUGAGUUGGGCCCGGAGGAUCCGAGAACCGCGGCGUGUAUUCUGGGACUGCCGCUGUCCAGCUCAGCUAACAAGAGUGGGAGUAGUAGUCAGGUGAGCAAGAAGACUCUGCUGAAAUGGGUAUUUGGGGUCUUGGGGGGUAUUGUUGGGAUUUUACUUUCUGUUGGGGUUAUAGUCAUGUACAGGAGGCAUGAGAUGAAAGGGAGGCAGAAUGCUAGGCAUGAAGAGUAUGUGAGUAGCUUUAGGCUUAGUUUGUUGCCUAAUUCUGGUGCAAAGUGGUUUGGGAUAUCAGAGCUUGAGAAGGCAACUGAUGGGUUUGCUCAGAAGAACAUGCUAGGCCAAGGAGGGUAUGGGGUUGUGUACAAGGGCACAUUAGCUGAUGGGACUCUUGUUGCUGUGAAGCAGAUUCUUGAUAUGGAGGCUUUGGAUUCGAAAGGGGAUGAGGAGUUUUCAAAUGAGGUGGAGAUCAUAGGGAAGAUUCGACAUAGGAAUUUGCUGUCGCUUAGAGGGUGUUGUGUUACUAGUGAUGAUUUUAAAGGGAAAAGGAGGUUCUUGGUUUAUGAUUUUAUGACGAAUGGGAAUUUGAGUGACCAUUUGGGUAGCAGUAAGAGGAGAUUGAGUUGGCCUCAGAGAAAGAGUAUCAUACUUGAUGUUGCAAAAGGGCUUGCUUACUUGCACAAUGGGAUCAAGCCUGCUAUUUAUCACAGGGAUAUAAAGGGGACUAACAUACUCUUGGACACGGAAAUGAAGGCCAAAGUUGCAGACUUCGGUUUGGCCAAGCAAAGUUUAGCAGGGCAGACUCACUUGACAACAAGAGUGGCAGGCACUUACGGUUAUUUGGCACCAGAGUAUGCUCUCUAUGGACAGCUUACGGAGAAGAGCGACGUUUACAGCUUCGGCAUUGUGGUUCUUGAGAUCAUGAGUGGGAGGAAAGUGCUGGACACAUCGAAUUCCAGCACGAAUUUGAAUUCAGUUGUUUUGAUCACGGAUUGGGCGUGGAUGCAUACGAAAGCGGGGAGUGUGGAGGAGGUUUUUGAUGAGACAUUGAGGGAGGAAGGGCCAAAGAGUGUCAUGGAGAGGUUUGUGAAUGUUGGGAUUCUGUGUGCUCAUGUUAUGGUGGCUUUUAGGCCUACUAUUUCAGAAGCACUGAGGAUGUUGGAGGGUGAUAUUGAUAUUCCUAAGUUACCAGAUAGGCCAAUGCCACUUGGCACUGAGUCUUAUAGAUCUUCUUUUGGGUAUUCUAGCAUUCAGGAAAUUGAUAGAUCAAGACCCAGAUUUAGUUCUAGCAUUGUAACUCCCAAGUCCUCAACAUAGAUUGAAGAUGUGAACUAACUAGGACACUUGGUAGUUUGGUACGUGUGUUUGUACCAAACUUCUUAGCU